AUGGGCGAAGCGAGUGAGCUGACAAAGCGAUUCAAGGACUACGAUGACCUGGUCACCAUCAAGCUCGAAGGCAUCGAAGAUGUCCACAUCGUACAAAAGGCCAUUCUUUGUGCUGCGUCACCCUACUUCCUCAAGGCGCUUGACGGGGGCUUCUCGGAGUCAUCGAAACUCUCGCUCACGCUUCCUGGUUGCGACACUGGCACUUUUGAAGUGUUUCUCUACUGGCUCUGCCAUCGAAAGGUCCCAGAAGAGGUGUCAAACCCUCCGGCCGAGGAUGUCAUUCCCGAUGCUAAAGUCUCCCAACUCUUCCGGCUCUGGACCUUCGAUGAUGCGUAUUUGAUGCCGCGAUUGCAGAACGAGGCAAUGCACUGCUUCUUCCGAACGCUCGAACUCAUGGUCGACAUCGCCAAGUUGCAGCGCGUCUCCGAAGAGCGCGUGCCGAGAUCUCCAAGUCACACUUACUAUAUGGAUGACUGGAUGGUGCUCGAGGAUUGA